GGUUAGUCGGUGAGGGAAGAGGGAAGAUGGAUGCAGCAACUCUUACCUACGAUACUCUCAGGUUUGCUGAAUUUGAAGAUUUCCCAGAGACCACAGAUCCUGUCUGGAUAUUGGGUAGAAAAUAUACCAUCUUCACAGAAAAAGACGAGAUCCUUUCAGAUGUCACUUCUCGGCUUUGGUUCACAUAUAGGAAAAAUUUUCCAGCCAUUGGAGGAACAGGCCCAACCUCGGACACUGGCUGGGGCUGCAUGUUACGGUGUGGGCAGAUGAUCUUUGCUCAAGCCCUCGUCUGCAGGCACCUAGGCAGAGAUUGGAGAUGGAAGCAAGGCAGAAGGCAGACAGACAACUACUUCAAUGUUCUCAACGCCUUCAUUGACAAAAAGGACAGCUAUUAUUCCAUCCACCAGAUAGCUCAAAUGGGAGUCGGAGAGGGCAAAUCCAUAGGCCAGUGGUAUGGACCAAACACAGUUGCACAAGUUCUCAAGAAACUUGCUGUUUUUGAUACAUGGAGCUCCCUGGCGGUGCACAUAGCAAUGGACAACACAGUGGUGAUGGAAGACAUAAGGAGGUUGUGCAAGGCAAAUUUUUCCCACACGGACGCAGCUGCGUUUCCUCCAGAUUCAGACCUGCUCUCCAAUGGGUACCCACCUGGAGCCGAGGUCACUGACAGGCUGUCACAGUGGAAACCACUGGUGUUACUGAUACCUCUCCGCCUUGGGCUCACAGAUAUCAAUGAAGCUUACACGGAAACCCUAAAGCACUGCUUUAUGAUGCCCCAGUCCCUGGGAGUAAUUGGAGGGAAGCCCAACAGUGCUCACUACUUCAUUGGAUAUGUAGGGGAGGAGCUGAUUUACCUGGACCCUCACACGACCCAGGCUGCUGUGGAGCUGAGCAAUGGUGGCGUCAUCCCUGACGAGAGCUUCCACUGCCAGCACCCUCCGUGCCGCAUGAACAUCGGGGAGCUGGACCCCUCCAUCGCAGUGGGUUUUUUCUGCAAGUCUGAGGAAGAUUUCAACGACUGGUGCCAACAAGUCAAAAAGUUGUCCCGGAUCCCAGGAGCCCUGCCAAUGUUUGAACUGGUCGAACAUCAGCCAUCCCACUUCUCUUGCCCGGAUGUUCUGAAUCUAUCACUGGGUAACGUCCAUGGUCCCUUCCAGUGGUCCAGUAACAGACAGUGUGGGGGCCCUGGGCCAGUCAUAGGCCUGCCUUUUCUCCCUUUUGCUUGGUUAAUUGCUGACCUUCCCGCUUCUUGGGAAAAGAGACCAUCAAGCAAUUUCAAAUUUGUAGUAAAUUAGGUCCACAUUCCAUCCUAGAUUUCUUCUUGCACAUUUUUUCUUUUGACUAUUUCUCAUGGCUUUGGCCUGGAGUAAUUAGUGAGCAAUAGCCUUGUUUUCUUCUUUUCCUUUUGUCUUCACUUAUAUGAAUAGUGAAGAAAGUUGUAGAUUGCUAGUGAUUUUUGUUGUUGUUGUUGGCAGAAAUGUGGGGGUUUUUGUUUUGUUUUAUUAUAAACCCUCCUAUGGACUCAUUAGUCUGUGCUGUGGUCCAUGAUUUUUUUAAACCCAUACCUCCUUUCUUGGAAUCUAUUAGGUUCCAAGACAGAAGAAGA